GAAUGCGAUGAAAGCGUUGUUUUUGUGUCUCAAACAGUAAUUGAUUUAUUUUUUUGUUUAAUUUUGUGAAAAUACAGUUACUGUGCUGUUUGUGUUCAAACAAAUCAAUUCACAUAACAAUCCAAUUAUGAAUUUGUUUCCACUCAUACCGCUAUCCAUAGCUGUAUUGUUUGCAUUCAAACUCACGCUUAUAUAUGUAUUGGCGGUAAUCUAUGGACACGUAAAGCCCGUAUUCCCGUAUAUCAGCGACGCCGGGGCCACACAUCCGGAGGCGGCCUUCUUCUCAAUACUAUUGUUUUUAGAGGGGAUUCUCAUUGCGAUAAUGGGUUGGAUCCGAUACAAGCAAAUCCGUUACAUUGUCCACAAUAUGCCGAAACCAAACGAGAAUAACAAUAGCCUAACGAUAGACGAGAAUAAACUGACAAAAAUUACAAAAUAUAAUAAACAGGGACUAUAUCUGCAAAUAGCGGUGAUGUUAAGCGUGGCAAUGGUUGCGGCCUUUCGGUCGACCGAACACUUGGAAAUCCAUCUAAUAUUUGGUGCAUUUCCCGCAUUCAUUGCCUCCAUUUGGUACUUCUAUAUACAGACCUGGACUUCAUAUCAGUUCAUACCGACUGUCAACUCGAUAUUCGUGGCCCGAUUUAGGCUAUUUUGCUCGGUUUUGGCUAUAAUUUUUGGCACAAUUAUGAUUUUGUCCAUAAGUAUCACGUGGUUUGACGUGACUCUACCCUAUAGUGAAAUACGGGGUCCGCCGAGACUGUGGUGGGACGAGAAGACGGGCGGCUAUAUCGGGCACGUUGUGAGCGCUGUCAACGAGAAUCUCAUGAUAUUUAUGAUGAGUCCAUUCUAUGCGUCCUUUGUUUGCGAAUUCAGACGAAUUCAUUCACAUAACGGAAGACUUAAAUUCACUUUCAAUGAUAACGUACAGAGUGUUUGAAUUUAAAACCAUUUAUUGUUUUUGUGUUUUAUUUAUAGAGAAUACUAUUAUAUUUGCCAAAAAACUAGAGAAUCAU